AUGCCUUACCGAAAGAUCAAAGUACAUCCCAUCACGUACAUCCUACACCUGCCCAGUGGACAGCGGGUCAUCUGCUAUUCAUGGGAUGGGACAUUUCGAGUCUUGGACUUGGAGACGGGCACGCAGACAGAGGAAUGGGAGGACAAAGAUCCAGGAGUGGCGGACAUGGCAUUGUCGCCGAGCAGCAAGACAAUAGCAACUGGGCAUCAAAAUGGCGUAGUGAAAUUGUGGGACAUUAAGACAGGCAAGGUCAUCAAAACGUUGACGGGACACACAAAGGAAGUGCGUUCUGUGUGCUGGAGUUCAGAUGGAGGGCGAGUGGUGAGUGGAUCCGAUGAUGGGAUAUUGAGAGUGUGGGAUGUCAAGAGCGGAGAGACUAUCCUGGGACCAAUCAAGGCAACGGAAUUUAUUCGGGCGGUUUGUUACUCACCCGAUGGAAAGAUAAUUGCCGCAACGGGAGAUGGGCUGAAAAUCUGGGAUGCCAGCUCAGGCGAACUGCUCAAAACACUCCAGGCCACCUGGUCACAAACUGUCAUUGAGGCGCCAAAGACAGUGCAUGUCAUUUCACUGUCUCCCAAUGAGCGCAUCCUCGCAGGUACACGACUGGUACUGGGCAAGACAGCAUAUUUAUGGAACCUCGAAACCAAUCAACUUAUCAAAACACUAUAUCACACUGAAGACCUCGUGUACCGUGCUCAGCCUAUCUUUUCUGCAGAUCGAAAGUUCCUUGUCACUAGCUGCUACGACGGCUACCUAUACCAAUGGGAUGUUUCCGCCAUUGUAAAAGAGGCUGGCCUUCCAUUAGAUAUUCUUGAUGCUACACCGCGACCAGCUCCAAAGUUGAAAGGUACUCCUCGAAUCCCCCCAGGGUUCUUUGACGAUGACCUACGAAAGGCUAAUGAGCGCAUUCGUCUAUCCCAAUCCCAUGGACCAUAUCAUCACCCCACUCCAACACCACAUCAACGCACCUUCAAUCGCUUUUCCUCCUUAUGGCGUAACUCAAAUUCGCACAGGGAAACUGACCAUCAUGCGCGACCUCAGUCCCACCCUCUUAGCCGGACUCGAAACCUUGGUAUACUACGCAGACGAGAUGCGUCUGACAUUGAGUUGCAAGAGGUCGAGGUCCCUUACACAGCGGGCAAGCCUAGAAACUAUCAUGCUAGAAAGAAGCCAGCUCGUAGUUCUCCUAAAGUCCAUGCCACUGCAAAACCUAGCGCAUCAUCACAACUACCUUCAACUGCCACUACCUCGACGCUUUCAGCAGUUACUGGUACUGCUGAGGCAUCAGGAAUACCCUCACGUCCUCAUACCACAGGUGUUGGAUGGUGUGCUCGUUUCGUGGGCUGUAUUUGCUGCGCAUCUGUCCAGAACGCAGACGGUCACCAUUAGUCGAGUGACAUUUUGGCUUAUGUGUUUCGUUCGUGUUUUUGCUGUUUCAUCCAUAGCUUAUUCUUCAUGACUCACUCUUCCGUCAUCACAUAGUUCCUCGUGUGUAAUAGCGUAUGGUACCAAUAUCCACCAGUCAUGCAUGUAUGCAAAGUUCGAACUUCGGGUAUUGGCUAUCUUGAAUAUGAAUGAACUCGUGCGUCAAGGUGCCAAAGACAAAGAAUACGCUUAAGUCAUGAUUCAAACAGUAAAUCUCCGUGAAAUACUACUUACACCGUGCAUUUAGCUUUGCGUAU